CGUUAUAUUACCUUCUCUUCGAUCCCUUCGACCUGGCGUGCUAGUUCACGCCUUACGUACCGGACUAACGACUCUGUGCUGGCCACCAAGCUUCCAGACUCACGAACUUUCUUAAUAUACUCUAACGACCAUAUAUCAUGCCGAGGACCCGUGCAGGCCUUUCAAGGCAGGUGCGCAGGCGCGCCUGCCCUUCAUUCGACAGUGGAUCUGUUGCCCGCCCUUUCCCUUGCCCCGAGGACGGCUGUCUGUCCGCAUUUAACCGUAAGGCAGACCUGAACCGUCACCACGAUACUGUGCACAAGGGCAUAAGGAAUUUCGUGUGCCCCCGCCAGGGCUGUGAUGCGCGUUUCCCGACGCGGAAGAUGCUGGCUGACCAUUACAAUACCCACACUGGCGAGAAACCAUAUCGGUGCAAUAUUGGCUCGUGCCACGCUGCCUUCGGCGAGGCUGGUGCUGUCUGUCGACACCGCAUUGAAGUACACGGCAAGUUGAAGACUCACGUGUGCUGGAUCCCAGGCUGCGGGGCACGGAUCAAGAGACGGUCUGCUUUCAAUCAGCACCUUAAAACAAAACAUGAUCUCCCAGGGCUUCCUAGACUGCAUAGGGGUGCUCGCCUGCGGGAAGCAUUCAAUGAGGGUAACACAUCUUCCGAGGAGAGCAAUGCCUCAGACGACGAUGCCAGUUCGUGGGCCUCUUCAUCCGACUCCUCGCGUACGCCCAGCCCAACGAUUCACUCCGACGCCGAACUCGUGGCAGAAAUAAACCGUGUCUUGACUCUUGAUAAUGUGACGGUUAUACCAACGUUCAUUACAGACCUUGAUUGGAUCACUGAGUCUUUCCCCGCAUCAUGCCUCGCGGCGGACGCUCAAGGGUUGCCAGCAUACCCUUAUCAAGAUCUGCACAUCGCGGACUUCCCACCGACGUUCAUACCUGAGGACCCCACGGAUUAUUCGUAUCCCUCAACUUGGGAUCCAAUCUUCGACACAUGCCAGGUUGAUGCGGAUUACAACGUUCCAGUUUCUUUCCCCGCACAAUAUCCUGCGUGUUUUGAUGAUCUAUCGUAUUUAACUAAUAUUCCUUAUACCGCUCAACCGUACUAG